GGGAAAGAGACAGAGGAGCUUUUAUUUACUUGGGUGAGUUGAGGUGGUGAAGGGAGAGGACGAUGGCUUUUGGUUUGUUCCAAAAAUCCCCUUUCUCCUUGUUCUUCGCGAUCUCACAGCCCAAAUUUCAGUGCUAGAGAAAAGAAGGGGAAUAGGAAUGUGCAGCGGAUGAGAUGGGAGGAGAAGAAGAUUCUGUUCCUCCGUUUUGUUGUUAGAUCUCAGUGCGAUUUGUUCUUGCAACGGAAGAAAAAGAGAAGAAAAGAAAUUAGAUCUUUUCUGGGUUUUAUUUUCCCCUUUAUUUUUCUUUUUAUUAGAAUUCGUCGCCUGUUUUUUUUUUUAUUUUUUUUAUUUGAGAGAGAUCGAUCGAUCGAUCUGUCUGCGUGAAGAGGGGGAGGUUUGUGGUUGGUGAAUUGUGGUGGUUUUGGAUUAGAAAAGAUGAGAUUUUGGAGACCGGAAGAGUCGAUUCCGAUGAGUUCGAUCGAUUAGGAAGGAGAGAGAGAGAAGAGAUGAGGGCAGGGCUGAGCACGAUCCAGCAGACGUUGACGCCGGAGGCUUCGAGGGUGCUGACGGAAUCCAUUGCUGAGGCGGCGCGGCGGUGCCACGGGCAGACGACGCCGCUCCACGUCGCGGCGACCCUCCUGGCCGCCCCCGCCGGCCUUCUCCGCCAGGCAUGCAUCCGCUCGCACCCGCAGUCGUCCCACCCCCUUCAGUGCCGCGCCCUCGAGCUCUGUUUUUCUGUUGCCCUAGACCGCCUCCCAGCCGCCAAUCCUGGCCAUGCCGCCGAGCCUCCCAUCUCGAACGCGCUCAUGGCGGCCCUCAAGCGCGCCCAGGCAAACCAGCGCCGCGGGUGCCCCGAGCAGCAGCAACAGCCACUCCUCGCCGUCAAGGUCGAGCUGGAGCAGCUUCUGAUGUCGAUGCUCGACGACCCCUCAGUCAGCCGUGUGAUGCGCGAGGCCAGCUUCUCCUCCACUGCUGUCAAGGCCGUCGUCGAGCAAUCCCUCUCCUCCCCUUCUUCCUCCGCCGCCACCACAGCUGGACCCGAGCCGGCGGUUAUUUCUCUCGCCGCUGCCUCUCUCGCUCCCUCCACAUCUCUUCUUCCCAUUCUAACCAAUCGCGCCGCCGCCCCCGGCAACCUCUACCUCAAUCCCCGCCUCCAUCAGCACCAGAGUAGCAACGGCGAUGCCGCCCCGAUCGCUGCCGGAGGCGUCGCUGAUCAUCCGCGAGCCGAGGAAGUGAAGCGCGUCCUAGACAUCCUCUCGAGAUCCAGAAAGCGAAACCCCAUCCUCGUCGGAGACUGCAAUCUCGACUCCGUGAUACGAGAUGUGCUCCAGAGAAUUCAAUCAACGGACGCCUCAUCGCCGCUGCAGAACGCCCAAAUCAUCCCCUUUGCAAAGAAUCUCGCCGCAGCCGUCCCCGCCCCCGACCAUUCCCAAAUCACCACCAAGAUCAGGGAGCUCGGCAGAUCGAUCGAGUCCACGAUCAGCAGCGGCGACAGAGGCGUGAUCGUUGAUCUAGGAGACCUCAAAUGGCUCGUGGAGACCCCCAGCGGCGGCUCAAUCCAACUACAAAAGCCAACCAUCUCCGAGGCUGGCCGAGUGGCGGUGGAGGAGAUGGGAAAGCUUCGGAAGCAGUUCGAAGACGGCGGCAGUCUAUGGUUCAUCGGCGCCGCAACUUCAGCGACGUUCAUCCGGUGUCAGGUGUACCAUCCUACGAUGGAGAACGACUGGGAUCUUCAAGCCGUGCCAAUCGCAUCGAGGCCAUCCCUCCCCGCCAUGUUCCCGAGGUUCGGGGGAAUUGGCAUCAGUGGCAACUCUGUAGAUGGCCUGACCACUGCAGUUCCCCUUAGACGAGCACCGGAGAGCACUGAUCCCUCUUCUGGAAGAACGACCCUUUGCCCUCUGUGCACGGAGGGCUACGAGCGCGAACUGGCCAAGCUCGUCGCCAAGGAAUUCGAGAAGUACUCUGCGAAGCCGAACGAGGGCGAGGGAUUGCCGCAGUGGUUGCAGGUUGCCAAGCUUAGCAGUGCCGGCAACGCCAUGGCCUCCGCUGCUCCUCUUCAGUGCAAGGAGGAGGAACUGCUCUGGAAGAAGAGCACCGAAGAGCUUCUGCGGAGAUGGAGCGAGACUUGCUCCGGACUUCAUCAGAAUCACCGUCAAUCGCCCAUUGGCUCCAAGAUUUUCUUGUCUUCAUCACUGUCCAAGCCGCCUUUCAGUGUUCUGAGACGGAAUCCAUCAACGGAGCCCAAGUCUACCUCUUGCCGAACCCUGCGAGAAGUUAGUCCCCCUGGCAGCCCAGUGAAGACCGAUCUCGUCCUCGGGAGCUCGGUUGUUUCCGAUCGUUCCACGGAGAAGACGCACAGGGAGCGACUCAAGGAUUUCAACGGGUGCGCGCCGGACGCGUUCCCCGGUCAGCAGAGGGCUAGAGUCGCUGCCAUUUCCGACAUGGACAUGUUCAAGAGGCUGCUCAAGGGGCUCACGGAGAGAGUCAGUUGGCAGCCGGAAGCAGCUUCCGCCGUCGCCAACGCCGUCAUGCGAUGCAAAUCCGGCGACGGAAAGAAGCGGGGAGGUGCCACUAAAGGCGACGCUUGGCUGCUUCUCCUCGGGCCCGACAAGGUCGGCAAGAAGAAGAUCGCCAGCACUCUGUCCGAGGUAGUUUUCGGUGCUGGUCCUGCGGUCAUUAACUUCGACAAUGGCGAAGAGUCGAAUUUAAGUCACCGAGGGAGAACGCUGAUGGACCGAACUGUGGAAGCCGUGCGGCGGAACCCUUUCGCCAUGGUCGUACUUGAGAACCUAGAUCAAGCAGACAUCAUGACGCAGAGUAAGAUUAAGCAAGCGAUCGCGAGGGGCCGUCUCCUCGAUUCGAAUGGCCGGGAGGUCAGUCUAGGGAGCAUCAUCUUCGUCCUCACUGCGGAUUGGCUGCCGGAAGAGCUGAAGAGCUCAUAUCACUCCUUUAUCCAGUACGAGCAGAGCAUACUCGAUUUAGCUUAUGGUGGAACAGAGUUGGAGCUUACGACCGGGGAUCGGCCAUGGAAACGCCAUCCAAACUGGGUUUGUGACAGUGACCAACCGAUGAAGCUGAGGAAGGAGUCUUCUGCCCUUUCGCUCGAUCUGAACUUAUCAGUCGGAGUCGACGCCGCCGCCGCCUCCUCGGCAGGGGAAGGGUCAAGGAACUCCAGCGACGUCACCACUGAGCAUGAGUACGAUAAGGGCAGGCUCGCCGUCAACAACCCGCCGUCGUCCUUGCCGCCGGAACUCAUGGAGCUAGUCGAUGAAGCUGUGACAUUCAAGCCGUUCGACUUCACUCAGCUCCGAAGUCGCGUUCGCGAGGCCGUGUCGGUGAAAUUCACAACGAUCAUGGGCCAGGGACGGGCGAUGAGGAUCGACGACGACGCACUCGACCGAAUCGUCGGCGGUCUGUGGCUGAGUGGUGCGGCUAUCGACGAAUGGACCGAGAGGGUGUUGGCUCCUAGCUUGAAACAACUAAGAGACAACUUGAAGGCCGCCGCCGCCGACGGCGCAGGCCUCCUCAUCAUCCGGCUAUCGACCGUAAAGAGGAACCAAAUGCCGAGAAGUAGAACCGACGACUGGUUGCCAACGACCGUAUCCAUCGCGAUCGACGGCAAUCACGACAGUUAAAUCAGUUAGAAACCGCCUUUUUUUAAGCAAUUUGGCCGUGAUAUGGUUGCAAUGAAUGAUGAUGAAGCUCUAGCUUUGUCUCAGGGCUUCAUCAAUGCUUCAGCUUGCGAGUGGGUUAUGUUGUUUCUGUCGGCUUACAGUUGGAUUGCUGGCGACACCACAGCCACUGGAACCGGUCACUGCUUUGUGUUGUGGAUAAGGAUGGAAGUGAAAUCAAUUCGCUAAAAAACAGAGGAAGAAGGGGCAGGAAGAUGUUCAUUAGGGCCUUUACCAGGGCAGACCCUGGGGAGGUGCCCUGACUUGACGUUUCUUGGCACUGACUCCGAGCAGAAGAAGAAGGGUGUCAGAGGAUCCAUCUGCCUUUUAGCAUCUAUCUAAUCAAUUGGCCUUUGGAAAUGAAUAAAAUUCGACAGUUGACCAGAAACACCUUCUUUGAAAUUCAACAUCAUAUGAUA